AUGAAGGUCUGUGUUCUGUGUAAAGUGGCCUUAAUACCUCCUCCACCUCUUCCACCCCCUCAGCAGCCACAAACUUUACAUCCCAGCCCCAUGAAGUUCGAAGACAUUGAUAACCUUGAUCAAGCGGCCUGUAGGCAGGCUAUGAUCGAUUAUACUGCUGAAAACUGUUGUUAUGAUUCCAUUGCAGUAAAAGAAAUGACCAUCACCCGCCAUAAUGGUUUAACUGCUUAUCAUUACACCUUAGAAACUUUCACUGAAUCUCGGCAGACAGAAUGUAAGCGUGAGCCGCAUCGUGGAGGCCGAGUUGAUGGCCCCGAAAAUGGCCCUUCGCCCUCACCUUGGGAUGUGCUUUGUAAUGCAGAAAAAAUAUUCCAUAAUCAAGAAAAGAAAAUUAAAAUUCCGCAUACAGAAUAUGUCCGUCCAUGUAACGAUUGUAUGGGACUUGGUUAUAUCCAGUGUUCGGAGUGUCGGGGAUCUGGUACGAAGGACUGCUCUUGCCGGAAAUGGUCACAUAAUCGGGAAUGCGACAGACUGUUGGGAAGCAAUGAAAGAAACACUUGUCAUUCGUGUCAGGGUGGAAUCUUGAAAUGUGAUAAAUGUUCCAGUAAGGGCAAAGCAACAUGUACUAAGUGUGCGGGAUCUGGAAACAUGAAGACAUUUACAGAACUUACGGUCAAAUUCACAAAUCACGUGAGUGAUUACGUCUUCGAGCGAUCUGACAUGCCAAAUCACUUGGUGAAAGAAGUAACCGGCAAAGUUGUGUUUGAGCAAGAUUUAGACCAGGUUUUUCCAUUAACGUCUUACCCGAUACCUGAGAUUAACAAUAAUUCAAUCAGAAUCGUCAACGAGCAUAAAAGGGCUUUCCCCAAUGAAAGAAUAAUUAGACAGAGACAACGUUUGCUUGCGGUUCCUGUCACGGAGGUCCACUUUACUUGGAAAGAUACGCGUUCGCGUUACUGGAUAUAUGGCAUGGAGAGAAAAGUGUACGCUCCCGAUUUUCCCCACCAAUGCUGUUGUGGUUGUACUGUCCUGUAAAAGCACGGAUAUUCUCGUGCCACCCUACGUACAAACAA